UUUUCUCUGAACUGCAGUACUGACAGCGAGAAAAUAGCUGAGACCAGUGCUGAAAAGGACAAUCCACUUUCUCUAGUGACCAAGAAUAGCUGAGAACUGUUGCUUAAAGCAAGUAUGAAGUACGUGUUGGCACUUUUCAUUGUUGGUGCUUCUUUCACUCUCAUCUCAACGUCGUCAUCACUAAUAAAAAAUACAACUUCUACAAAAGAUGAAGACGAAAUGKCAGAUGAUUCGCCUCUCCCUAGCCCAGCUGGUCUUUCUUUUAUUGGCAGUGGCUACGAUCUCAUAAGAGGAAACCCCGAUGGUCAGGAUAUCGCAAAUGGCGGUGUCGAUCCAGGGCUGCUCCCUGCUAAGAGGAUUCUUGGCCUCUCUUAUAAGGAAGAUAAGAGAUCAGACAACAAUAAGUAUCUUGUACCAGAUCAAAUUCGGUUUACUGUUCGCGAUUCCUGCGUUUCAACGAAAAAACACGACAUUGUUGCUAACAGCGAGGCUUAUCAAAAAGAACUUAAAGUCAGCGUCUCAGUUGAGGCGGAAUACGAGGGACUUUGGAGUGCUGCUUUCUCGGCCAGUGCAAGCUAUGAGAACAUGAAUAAAGGCACUACAGACAGUGAAAAGGUCUUCUAUGAAGAAAGAACGGUUUGCCUCAAAGGCAAUGCGGAGUAUUUUACUGAUAUGGCGUUUCAAGGAGUUUUCUCCGUGUCGGAAGAAUUUGCAAGCGCUGUGUGCAACCUCCCACCACAGUAUAAUGAAAAGAAAUAUACAUCUUUCCUUAAGGCAUGGGGAACGAAUGUUGUCGUCGGAGCAAAUCUUGGAACCAAAACAAUACUUCGAACCGAAUCAUCCAAGUCUGCGUUCACAAGUUAUGCUUUGACAAAUUACGCUGGUUCUGUUUCAGCGUCAGGAGGGUAUGGAGGAGCUAGUGCCUCAGUAACAGUAGACGUUGAGUCUCUCAGCGAGUCAAUGAAAUCUGGCUCAAAAUUUGGUUCUCGUGAGGUACGGUACCAAAUAGGUGGAGAUAACAUGCCAGAGCCGAUUACUAUUCGAUUGAUGUCAAUCCAAAAGAUGUUUGAUGUCAAACUCUACAGUGCUUACAAAGACAUAAGAAAUUCAAGAAUUCCCUGUCGUUUUUCAAAAAAACUGCUAUCCAACAGAACUGAAAAUAUCAAAAUGGCUCUUAAAGCCUAUCCGUCAACCCUUAACGUCAGGCUACCUACAGGUGGCCCAAAUGUCUCAGUUGAGUUAACAUGGCCAAAAGGUACCUACGCUAUUCCGAUGGUGAAUUUGCAAACUAGGAAGGAAUCAAACGAAAAAAGAGAAUCAAARGGUCUUCCARCACYGAAAUCARCAGAUUGUCCCGACAGYAAAGAUUUUGUUUGGAAGACUGGAGGCUAUUAUCAAGACUGCGAGGAUGAUGACAAUGGGAACAGCCAGUCCCCUGGCAAUCAUCUUGGCAUAAUUAAUGGGAGAAACGCCCGRCAAGACUUCUGCGUAAAAACUCAAGAAACAUCAUCUCAUCUUUUAUGGCCCAAAGGAUCGUAUUGCAUAGCAAAGAAAGGGAAUUGUCCCGAUGGACUUACUGAAGGAGGCAUUCGCUGGGACGAUGAAGAUGAUGAUAACCAAAACAAACACAAUGGUGUUCUUCCCGAUGGUUUAGAGGGCAAAAUAAUUGCACUCAGUGGAGCAAACACUGUCGUCGACUUCUGCUGCCGUAAAGAUGGUUUUCCAUCCAAUCCCAUCUAUUUACCAUCCAGUGUGCCCUUCCUACUGUACAAGGCAAAGGACGGCGUUUGUCAGCAAGUCCAUGGAAUGACAGUAAUGGAUGAAUGGGCCUAUUGGGAUAAUGAGGACGAUGAUAACGAAACCGAUAAAAAAGGUGCUGUUCCAUUUAGCGAGGGUAGUGGUAACUUGAAGCUGUUCUACUGCUACUACCAGCCUAACUGGUGGAAUUCWCGAUAGACGAAUGUCUCAACGAAUUCACAUAACACUGGAAUAAUAUGAAUGGAUAAAGAGGAAUAAUUGGCUGCAUUGUUAGCUCUAUUAAUCGAUUAAGGUGCGAGUUGUGUGUACCACAGUCCAAAACAUACUUUUUACGAGGAAUGACAAACUGACAAUUAAAAAAAUCAUAAAACCAAAUUGUGCAAUCAUUUGUAUUUAUUAAC